AUGUCGCCUGUGGUAACGUGGAAAAGAGAACAUGCACUUGAUGACCGUGUGGAUCUGGCUGAGGGGAGGCUUCCUCCCAGCUCCGGCCCUGCGCCCCGUCUUCCUCACGAGGGCCUGGUGGUGGCCAAGUGGAGCCUCAGCCUGCACCUGGCCUUCAGCAACUGGUUAGAACUUUUAGCAGAAACCUUACCCUCUUGUGUGGUGGCGCUGUCUCCAUCCUGCGCCACAGAGUCGGAAGGCCGUAGUGAGCUAGUCGUGAAGCUUCCUUUUGGGGACACAGUCGCAUCCUUUGCGUCCUUAUCAAUUGGAAAUGGGGGCCACCACCAGUCAACCAGAACAGUGUUCUACGCACAUUUUGUCCUCAGUAAAAGAGGGCCUCUGGCCAAGAUUUGGCUAGCGGCCCACUGGGAGAAGAAGCUAACCAAAGCCCAUGUGUUUGAGUGUAAUCUAGAGAGCAGCGUGGAGAGCAUCAUCUCACCAAAGGUGAAGAUGGCACUCUGAACAGCAGGGCACCUCUUCCUGGGAGUAGUUCGAAUCUACCACAGAAAAGCCAAAUACCUCCUUGCAGACUGUAAUGAAGCAUUCAUUAAGAUAAAGAUGGCCUUUCGGCCAGGUGCUGUCGAUCUGCCUGAGGAGAACCGAGAAGCUGCUUACAAAGCCAUCACUUUGCCUGAAGAAUUUCACGACUUUGAUCAGCCACUGCCUGACUUAGGUGACAUCGAUGUGGCCCAGCAGUUCAGCCUGAACCACAGUAGGGUGGAAGAGAGAACGAUGAGAGAAGAAGUUGGGAACAUCAGUAUUCUGCAAGAAAAUGAUUUUGGUGACUUUGGGAUGGAUGAUCGUGAGAUAAUGAGAGAAGGAAGCGCUUUCGAGGAUGAUGACAUGUUAGUCAGCACCAGUGCUUCUCACCUCCUGUUGGAGCCUGAACAGAGCACCAGCAAUCUGAAUGAGAAAAUUAACCAUUUAGAAUAUGAAGACCAAUACAAGGAUGACAAUUUCGGAGAAGGAAAUGAUGGUGGCAUAUUCGACGACAAACUUAUUAGUAAUAAUGAUGGCGGUAUCUUCGAUGACCCUCCCGCCCUGUCUGAGACAGGGGUCAUGUUGCCAGAACAGCCUGCACCUGAUGAUAGGGAUGAGGAUGAUAAUGUAUCAAUGGGUGGGCCUGACAGACCCGAUUCAGUGGAUCCUGCUGAACCAAUGCCAAGUAUGACUGAUCAGACGACACUUGUUCCGAAUGAGGAAGAAGCCUUUGCUUUGGAACCUGUUGACAUCACGGUCAAAGAAACAAAAGGCAAGAGGAAGAGGAAGCUGAUUGUUGACAGUGUCAAAGAGUUGGAUAGUAAGACAAUUAGAGCCCAACUUAGUGAUUAUCCCGACAUAGUUACCACUUUGGACCUGGCACCGCCCACCAAGAAAUUGAUGAUGUGGAAAGAGACAGCGGGAGUGGGAAAACUCUUCUCCUUACCUGCCCAGCCUUUGUGGAAUAAUAGACUACUGAAGCUCUUUACACGCUGUCUUACACCUCUAGUUCCAGAAGAUCUUAGAACAAGGAGGAAAGGAGGAGAGGCUGAUAAUUUGGAUGAAUUCCUCAAAGAAUUUGAAAAUCCAGAGGUUCCCAGAGAAGACCAGCAACAGCAACAUCAGCAGCGUGAUGUUAUCGAUGAGCCCAUUUUGGAAGAGCCAAGCCGCCUGCAGGAAUCAGUGAUGGAGACCAGCAGAACAAACUUGGAUGAGUCGGCCAUGCCCCCACCACCACCUCAGGGAGUUAAGCGGAAAGCAAGCCAGAUCGACCCAGAGCCUGUGAUCCCUCCUCAGCAGGUAGAGCAGAUGGAAAUACCUCCUGUAGAGCUGCCCCCAGGAGAGCCUCCAAAUAUCUGUCAGUUGAUUCCAGAGUUAGAUCUUCUACCCGAGAAGGAGAAGGAGAAAGAGAAGGAAAAAGAAGACGAGGAGGAGGAGGAGGAUGAAGAUGCUUCGGGGGGUGAUCAAGAUCAAGAAGAAAGAAGAUGGAACAAAAGGACUCAGCAGAUGCUUCAUGGCCUUCAGCAAGCUCUUGCUAAAACUGGAGCUGAAUCUACCGGUUUGCUUGAGUUAUGUCGAAACACGAACAGAAAGCAGGCCGCAGCAAAGUCCUACAGUUUCUUGGUUCUUAAAAAGCAGCAAGCUAUUGAGCUGACACAGGAAGAGCCGUACAGUGACAUCGUUGCAACACCUGGACCCAGGUUCCACAUUAUCUGA